AUGUCGGAGGCAGAGCUGCUGGCCCUGCUCAAGCCGGUGACCCAUGGCGGCACCACCUACAGGUCCACCAGCGAGCUGGUGGUGGACCGGCGCAUCGGCAAAGGCCAGUUCAGCGUCGUGUUCCGGGCCCGCUCCAAGACGGACGGCAGCGUGGUGGCCCUCAAGAAGGUGCAGAUCUUCGACAUGAUGGAUGCCAAGGCCAGGGUGGACUGCGUCAAGGAGACCAACCUGCUGCAGCAACUGGAUCAUCCAAAUGUCAUUCGGUACCUUUCGUCCUUUAUCGAAGAUGGGGAAUUAAAUAUUGUUCUGGAAUUGGCUGAUGCGGGGGACCUACUUAGAAUGAUUAAACACUUCCGUCGCCACAGACGUCUCAUACCUGAGCGUACCAUUUGGAAAUACUUUGUGCAGCUGUGUAGUGCAGUGGAUCAUAUGCAUUCGAAACGAAUAAUGCAUAGAGAUAUCAAGCCUGCAAAUGUAUUUAUCACAGCAUCUGGAGUAAUAAAAUUAGGUGAUCUUGGUUUAGGACGAUUUUUCAGUUCUAAAACAGUAGCUGCUCAUUCUCUUGUUGGAACCCCAUAUUACAUGAGCCCUGAACGUAUUCAUGAACAUGGCUAUAAUUUCAAGAGUGAUAUUUGGUCUCUAGGCUGUCUUCUUUAUGAGAUGGCUGCGCUUCAAUCACCAUUUUAUGGUGACAAAAUGAAUCUGUAUACUCUCUGUAUGAAGAUUGCACAAUGCGACUACCCACCCUUGCCGAGUAAUGCCUACUCUGACAGUUUGAGGAGCUUAGUGGCAGGGUGUAUAACAGCCAACCCAAGCGACAGGCCAGACAUUGGCCACAUGUAUAGUAUAGCACAGACUAUGAACAGCCAAUACAACAGAAAAGUUACCAGUGGAGGGAACAGGCCAGAAGCCAGCAGCAGUGGGUCCACAAGUUCCCAAAGUCGUAGUCGAGGAUCAGGACAGAGGCUACGGAAUCCAGUUGGACUGCUACCGCUUUCACCUCUUGCAACACCCUUGAUGCAGCCCACAGCUCAUGUGCACCGCAGAAUCAGCAAUGUCUCUAUGACACGGGAACAUCAUGAGACACUUUUCCCACCUUUAAUUGACAAAAGCAAUGAUUUGUGAUCUGAUUUGUAAUGCUAAAUGUUUAAAAACAAAAAUUUUUUUCUUUGUCAAUUUUUUACUGUUUGGAAAUUGAACAUGUGAUGUGUCAAAUUUGCUUUGUCUCUGUGCAUUCAUGUCAUUUCUAGCAACAAAAGCAAGAAUGAUUUUAAAUAAAAUAUGAGAAGGACCAGGUA